GUGAGCGUUGGCUUUAGUUCAAAAGAACUCAAAAGAACACAACUACCUUCCAAUCACUUACAACAUCCAGUUCUCAUUCUCGUAACUUAACUGCAUAUCCAAAAUCAUCUCAAGAUGACCGAAAGACUCAGCUCCAUCCUCAAGCACUUGACUCCUGGCUCAUCCGGGUUGUCCUCCAUGUAAACAAUUCCUCCCCGCUUACUCGUGCUAUCAGCACAUGCUAAUGAAAUCUCAACAGCACCUCCAAGAACGCCGACGAUGUUGUCAUUACUCUCGCCAUUCGAACACCAUUAGGACGAGCCUUCAAAGGAAGCUUCAAGGAUACACAACUUGAUUUCCUCGUCUACUCGCUGUUGCAGAAAGUCCUUGACAAGUCCAAGAUUGAUCCUCAGCUUGUGGAGGAUAUCUGCGUUGGAAAUGUAUUUUCACCAACCUCACUACUCAAUUCAUCACUAACACAUUACUCUGCAGGUCAGCGAAGGAAAUGCAGCCUACCUUGUCCGAGCAGCAGCUCUGGCAGCCGGAUUUCCAAACACCACCGCCGCCUCCACCGUAAACCGAUUCUGCUCCUCGGGCCUCAAGGCAACACAAGAUAUUGCCAACCAAAUCGCCUCUGGCAGCAUUGAUAUCGGUCUUGCGGUAGGUGCUGAGAUGAUGUCCGUCCAAGCCACCAGUCUCCCAACACCUUUCAAUGCCACCGUUCUCGAGAACCAGGAAGCUGCAGAUUGCAUGCAACCUAUGGGCCAAACAUCCGAGAAUGUCGGCAAGGACUUUAACAUCACCCGAGAGGCACAAGAUAAAUAUGCUGCUGAGAGUUACCAACGUGCCGAGCGGGCUCAGAAGGAGGGCUGGUUUGAUGACGAGAUUGUGCCUAUUACAACUGAGGUUACAGACCCAAAGACCGGUGAGGUAAAGAAGAUCACUGUUACUAAGGACGAGGGACCAAGAUACGGUACUACUUUUGAGUCUCUUAGCAAGAUUCGUCCUGCUUUCCCAGCGUUCGGUGACAAGUCAACUGGAGGAAACUCAAGUCAAGUCACUGAUGGAGGUAUGUUUCUCCUCCUUGCCACUUCAUUGUACACUCAUUAAUAGAAUCCAGCUGCCGCCAUCCUCCUCAUGCGCCGUUCAAAGGCCAUUGAGCUAGGCCAACCCAUUAUCGCAAAAUACGUCGGAGCCACCAUUGUCGGUCUCGCUCCCCGUAUUAUGGGUAUCGGACCAUCCGUUGCCGUCCCCAAGCUUCUUACCAAAUACAACCUCACAAUUGAUGACAUUGAUGUCGUCGAAUUGAACGAGGCCUUUGCAUCUAUGGCCGUCUACUGCAAGGACGUCUUGAAGAUCCCACACGAGAAGAUGAACCCACGUGGUGGUGCUAUUGCACUGGGUCAUCCCCUUGGUGCUACGGGUGCUCGACAGAUUGUGACGGGUCUUAGUGAGCUUCGACGAACGAAGAAGAAGGUUCUCUUGACUAGUAUGUGUAUUGGUACCGGACAGGGAAUGGCCGGAUUGUUCGUUAACGAACAAUUGUAAUUUCCUCAUUUGUUUACCUUUAUAUGUAUUCUAGGCUGUUGGGUAUGGGAUCUGGAUGGUUUGGUAGUCUGAUGGAGCAUCAAAAAAAUUAUCUACUUAGGAAUUGAAAUUUCUU